CCAGCCAAUCAGGAGACACCUGGAGGAAAAGUUGUACCUACAGUGUUAGCCGGCUGAACUGUAGCUGCUAAACACGAGAGGAGUCUUGCACAGUGUAUUUCUGAGUAUUCAGGUGCAAUUUGAUCAAUACUAAACAUUGCUUUACACAUACAGCAAUGCCUGGGGAUAGUAUGGACAAGCCAAACACAGUUACAUGCACCGCUCCUGUGAAUAUAGCUGUCAUCAAGUACUGGGGCAAGAGAAAUGAAGAGUUAAUUCUACCCAUUAACUCAUCGUUGAGUGUCACAUUGCAUCAAGACCAGCUGAAAACAACUACAACAGUUGCAACCAGCAGAUCAUUUCAGGAAGAUCGAAUAUGGUUAAAUGGCAAAGAGGAGGACAUAACCCAUCAACGACUACAGUCCUGUCUGAGAGAGAUUCGACGACUAGCAAGGAAGAGACGUAAUGACGGGGACUCUGCUUUGGAUUCGACUUGUUUGUCUCACAAAGUCCACAUCUGCUCUGUCAACAACUUCCCCACUGCUGCCGGGCUCGCCUCCUCAGCUGCUGGAUUCGCAUGUCUAGUGUACUCUCUGGCCCGGGUUUUUGGCGUAGAGGGGGAGUUGUCUGGGAUUGCUCGGCAAGGCUCAGGCAGUGCAUGCCGUAGUAUGCAUGGAGGGUUUGUUCAGUGGAUCAUGGGACAGAAAGACGAUGGCAAGGACAGUGUAGCCCAGCAGGUGGAGCCAGAGACUCAUUGGCCUGAGCUCAGGAUCCUUGUACUAGUGGCCAGUGCAGAGAGGAAGCCAGUGGGCAGCACCUCUGGGAUGCAAACCAGUGUACAAACAAGCUGUCUCUUAAAGCACCGGGCCGAGUCUGUUGUCCCAGGCCGAAUGGUGGAGAUGAUUAAAGCCGUGCGAAGAAAGGACUUUGCUGCUUUUGCUGAACUAACCAUGAAGGACAGUAACCAGUUCCAUGCAACCUGCCUUGACACAUACCCUCCCAUCUUCUACCUCAACAAUGUGUCUCAACGGGUUAUCAGUUUGGUGCAUCGGUAUAACCGACACUACGGCGAGACAAGGGUGGCCUACACAUUUGAUGCAGGACCCAACGCUGUGAUCUACACUCUACAGCAGCACGUACCCGAGUUUGUUCAGGCAGUUCAACACUUCUUCCCCCCAGAGACCAACGGAGGACAGUUUAUUACAGGUCUUCCUGUUAACCGAGUUGCACUCUCUGAGGAGCUGAUACAGGCCAUUGGUCUGGAGCCCAUGUCAAAGGGAAUAAGCUACAUUAUUAGUACAAAGGCUGGACCAGGCCCUCGUGUUGUGGAGGAUCCCACUCAGCAUCUGCUUGGCUCUGAUGGGUUGCCUAAGAAAACUGUGUGAUGCCCUGCAGCCCUAAACGGACAAAGUUCCACUGAGCAAUAAUGAAGCCAGUUCAGCAGAGAUAAAAUUCUGCAUUAGCCAUAUAUAACUAGGUUUUUACAAACCACAACAACACCAGACACCUUCCUUACCGCUGUUGAUGUUAAUAUGUCUUCCUUUAAUUAUCAAGCUGUACUGGUGUGCCUCUCCUCAUCUCUGUGUUGCUCAUUUCUCAGCAUCUACAGGUAGAUACUGUUUUAGAGGUAUCUUUACUAAUGGGUUCAGUCGUCGACUUGUGUUCGACUUUGAGGUUGUAAAUCAAUAGACACGCUGGCAUUGCUCUUGUCUUGAGCAGUGCACUGAACUAUAAACACAGUUUGUCACUGCAGCUGACCUUGUGCUCUCGACCCUAUCUGAGCUCAUGCUUGUGCCUGAAUUUAUGUAUGUGUUUAAGAAGGGUUUUAUAAUUAUGGUCGAUUUAAUUUUGUUUUCAUUUUCAUCUUGUGAAAAUGCAAUUUCAGACAUACAGUACAUACUUACUCUGUAAAAGUUAAAUAAAAUAUAUUUUAGUCAA